AUGGACCCUGAGUUGCCUGCAGUAUUGCUGAUGGGCGGUGGUGAAGGAAUGGGGCCUGUAAAGGAAACUGCAAGAGUUCUGGGAGAAUCCCUCUUUGAUAAAGAACUGGGAAAACCAAUUGGACAGCUGAUCGUUAUAUGCGGCCGCAAUAAAAACCUUGUCGCCACGCUUGAAUCUGAUGAGUGGAACAUCCCAGUCAAGAUUAGAGGAUUUGAGACACAGAUGGAGAAAUGGAUGGGAUCUUGUGACUGCAUCAUAACAAAGGCUGGUCCAGGCACAAUUGCGGAGGCAUUGAUCAGAGGGCUUCCUAUUAUUCUCAAUGACUACAUUCCUGGACAAGAAAAGGGCAACGUGCCUUGUGUGGUAGACAAUGGUGCUGGUGUCUUCACCAGAAGUCUCAAGGAAACAGCCAGGAUUGUGGCAGAAUGGUUCAGCACUAAGCCGGAUGAACUCAAAAGAAUGUCCGAGAAUGCGCUUAAACUAGCACAACCGGAGGCUGUUUUCGACAUUGUCAAAGACAUUCACGACCUCGCCUGCCAACGUGGUCCUCUCGCAAACAUCCCUUACAUCCUGACAUCCUCAUUUACAAGUAUAAACUAA